CCACGGUUUCCUUGACCGGUAGGGGAAAGAACCUCCUACAGAAAACAUACCUAAACAAAGCCUGUUAAAGAAACAAAAAAGGGAAAAUGUAACAUUAAAAAACAAAAAAGGAAGAGGGAAUCCCUAAAUUUAAAGCCAAAUAAUUAAUUUUCUUCUAUUGUUGUUUGAGCUAGUGAAGAUUAUGCUGAGCUGAAGCCUGAAGGAAGUGAAAAUCAAUGGCGACGAACGUCCACGAGGGAGAGCAUCCUGUGCCACGCAGAGGCAGUAACAGCGGGAGCUCAUCAACCUCCUCUGCAACCCGGACAGUCCGGGCCGGAACCGACCCCUUCUUAGUGGUCUGUAGAUGCUUCAGUUUCAUUACAGCCUUAGCUGCUUUACUUUGCAUUGCCGUCAACAUCCUCUCAGCCAUCCGAUCCUUCAAGAACGGAUCAGACGUAUUUGAUGGAAUAUUCAGGUGCUACGCUGUCGUAAUUGCGAUUUUUGCAGUGUUAGCUGAGAUGGAAUGGGGAUUCAUUUUCAAGUUUUGGAAGGUCUUGGAGUAUUGGGCUGGCAGGGGUAUGCUGCAGAUCUUUGUUGCUGUGAUGACAAGAGCUUUCCCAGAAUAUUCUGGUGAAAGACAAGAGCUUGUGCUUCUUCAGAAGAUAGCAUGUUACCUGCUUCUAUCCUGUGGGCUGAUUUAUAUUGUAUCAGGCAUACUAUGCAUUGGUGCAUUAAAACGUGCUCGUCAGAAGAAAGAAGUUUCUAGGGAUCAAGCUGUUAAGGAUUUAGAGGAGUUGGAACGUCGUAGAGAGGAACUUGAGGCGUUGCUUGUUGAAGAUAGGGCUUGAGAAGACUUUAAGUGCAGAGUCUGGCAGCUCAGGAGCAUUCUGCUGCUCGACCUAGAAUGGAAGCUUUUGAUACUGGGAAUCAGAGACCAUAAUCAUAAAUUCUUUUCUGGUUUUAUUCUUUUGAGUUGGACCACACAUUUUCUUAGGUGUACACUGUAGUGAAGCUUGAAGUAGCCUAUUUGUACAGUUAAGUCUAACGUUUGCAUUUCACUUGCACCUGAGACAACUCGCCAAUCCACCCCUGCUGGUCAGUUUCGUGUUGGGGCUGUAGCCUGUAUGCAUACAAAGGGACCUUUCCACUUUGGAUUGUUUCCGUACUGGUGCAAGAUAUUAUUUCGAAUCUUUGUUGAUUGCUCCAGUACUUCGACGAAAAUUUUGUAAACUCAUGUUUCAAGGUAUGUGAAUUUUUGCUCAA